AAUACAUUUGCGCCCACGAGCCGAGACCUCACAACCGUGGCAGUUCCCCCGAAGGAGUGCAUUUAUGUAUUGCCACAAAAGUCCUCACGAGCACGCCUACAGUACAUGAAGUCAUGGCUUAACGGAAGGCGGAUAAGGAUUGGAAGAAGUGAUUGCAAUCCCUGCUCACCUCUCAAAUAUACAAUUUCCCCGCACCCGCACUUGCGCCUUUUUCUCACCUUGGACCUCUUGAUUUGUGUUUUAUAUUCCAAAUGCACUUUGUUUUGACCAGGCCAGAUGGCCGCACAAGAAUAUUACCUAGGAAGUGUCCCUUCUCCGACGUUCUUUCCACCAGCUGCUCAGCAGCAGCCGCACCUAUGGCAAUCGCCUCCAAGCCCGCAGUUCAAUAGUGGUGCGUAUCCCGGCAGCGGGGCGUAUUUCGGUGCGCCGCCAAAACCGCAGUAUGAACCUCUCAUCCACGACUAUGAAAGUAGCGGUGGCACGCCACAGCAACGAGGGCCGUUGAAGAACUUUCCCAGCUUCAUUUACAACUGGUGGAUAUGCAUCCUCAGCGUCUUCGCCAGCCUGUGCGCCAUAGUUGCAAUCGCCGGCCUCCUCAUCCUCGUCGAUGGGAAACCAAUCCCGAGGCUUCCGCUCCAAAUCACGGUCAAUACAUAUGUUUCGUUCUUCGCGAAGAUUGCGGAGGGCACGAUGCUAGUUGCGGUCAAUGAGUCUAUCAGUCAGCUGAAAUGGCUGUGGUUCAGAGAGCCGAGGAGAUUGCAAGAUAUUCAGUUAUUCGAUGAUGCGAGUCGCGGUCCCUUUGGGGCAGUGAGGCUGAUGAUUAGGACGAAGGCAGGUCUUAUUGUGCUGGGGGGGUUGGUCGCUGUGUUGGCGCUGGCGAUGGAUCCGUUUUCGCAGAUGAUUGUGUCGUAUCCUUCGCGGUCAGUCGUGACAAGGACGGCGAGUGUUGGUAGAGCCCAGGCAUAUGAUUCUGGUCUUCCCUGGCAAUUGGAGAGUGGCCUGCUUCUCGGUCCUGAAUUCAACAUGAAGGCUGCUAUCUAUGAUGGACUCUUCAAACCUGGAGCCGUCGUAGAUUACGUCCCGCUAUGCGAUACGGGGAACUGCACCUUUCCAAACUUCGACUCCCUUGCUGUAUGCAGCAAAUGUCUCGAUAUCACCCAGAAAGUCACCCACGACAAUCCCCCAAAUGAUCUCACAAAGCUUGACGGCACCAUGAAUGUCAGCUAUAGCCUGCCAGGGGGUGCUCAAGUUGGAUUUUCCGUUCUUUACCAAGAACAACAGUUGGCGAUGGGCCCAGGGAUUGUGGUUACUUCGGAGAUUCCUUAUACUGUUGCGAAGCAGGUCCUUGACCUCCAGGAUCCCCUCCUAUCUCUGGCCAUUCUCCAAUUCCCAGAUGUAAAACAGCGGAUCCAGGAUGGUAAUUACUACAACACAUUGCCCAAAACUCAACAAUGUGCACUCUAUUUCUGCGUCAACACAUACAACGUGAAAGUGGAGAAUGGCAAUGUUACCACAACCGUGGUGUCCUCUUGGACUAGCGAGUACGGAACACCCACCGUUGGUGCAGCCAUGGAACCAGGUGGUAUGAACGGAACUAAAAAUGCGGUACUUCAGUUGCCUAAUGAUGAUGUGGAUCUGAAUAACCACACAUACACUGUCACAGCUGGAACCUUGGCCAAUCUUCAAGCCUGGCUGAUUGUAACUCUUUCGGGCUCUUUGAACACAAGCUUCAGCGUAGUGCAAGGAGUUGUCUGGGCCAACGAUGAGAUGGUAGUCUUGAAUCAGACCACGGACUGGGAUUUUCUGAUGGGGGCGUUGGCAAAAGCAAUGACAACGUAUAUCAGAGAUCCAGUACAGUCGAAAUUCGCGAACUACGUGUAUGGCACCGCGUCCAGGGUUGAGACAUACGUCCAUGUUCAGUGGCAUUGGAUCAUGCUACCCACUGCCUUGGUGGGAAUGUCGAUCUUAUUCUUAGGCGGAACCAUGAUGAAAAAUGAGAGCAAACGCGCCCUGGCUUGGAAGUCGAGCAGUUUGGCGCUCCUCUUCCAUGGGCUGGAAGGCGUGAGGAAGAACACCGGAGAAGGAAUGGACCAGAUGCGAGACGUUGCCAGGAAAACGAGAGUUGUGUUGAUUCAAAGCCAUAAUGGAGAAUGGAAAUUGAGGAAUACUGGAUUCUAGAAUGGCGUAACCUUCAAGUAUGAUAUGUACAUAGAAAAGAAAUAAUUUCUCCAAUUUGAGAAUGGUCGAGAUCAAUCCGCC